AUGGACUCCUGGCUCAAACCUGGUUGGAACGGCGACCUACGAGUGCCUCUGCCUGUGGCAGAUUCACCUUCAGAACAGGGAGACCAAAGUUGCAGCCAUAAGUCUCCUUCGUCUCCAGACGACAAUCAACUUCCACAGCAGCAGAUGUCCCCAGAUUCAGAACAUUACCCCGUAUCCAGAGCCAACAUGCAAGCCAACCGACACCGCGAGCCUUCUCCUCAUCCUCCUCCGCCAGCUUUUCACUUCAUCCUCACUUCAUCCUCACUUCAUCCUCACUUCAUCCUCACUUCAUCCUCACUUCAUCCUCACUUCAUCCUCACUUCAUCCUCACUUCAUCCUCACUUCAUCCUCACCUUUACUUUGACCUUCAUCCUCGUCCCCAUCAUCAUCAUCAUCUUUGCUUCAUACCUAUUUUCAUCUCGAUGUGUUACGAAGCUGCUGCUGUUGCUGCUGCUGUUAGCGCCGCUACAACAGCCUGUCAAACACCCCCAUUGCCCAUUUGUGCUGACAGAUCACGUUCUCGACAUUCUUAGCGGUGGCCAUGACGUUGUGGUCGUCAAGAAACUCCUGCCGCCGCGCUUUGAGCUCCCGAACCACGUCUACAGCGCUAUUCAGACGCGUUACGACCCUCCGCCACCAGACCUCAGUGAUAGCAGCAGCACCAACUACAUCAUCAAGGUACUACAACCGCUCCAGCCGCCUGUUCAGGUCGUCCAAAUCGUCCAGCAAAGUUGUCUCCCACGCGAGUGCAGGCGUGUCGCUGGCCACGCUACGCCGUAUAUUGCAUAG